AAGAAGGUACGAGUGCCAGGAGGAGUCGCAUUUAUUGUUUUGUUCUACCAAUAGUGAGAUGGAGUCAGCGGCUCUUACAUAAAGUGACGAAAAUAGUCCCGAAAAAAUUUGCCUCGUGUUGUGAAUGCACGACGACAGCGAUCCCCACUACCGAUCGCACGGCGCGAUGACGACUCGGUAUAAAGAGCCAGGCGAGCACGCAAGCGGGAUAGUCUUUGCCGAUCGAGAUCGAACGAAGGAAGUUUGUGCGUAGCGAGUGAUUUUUCUGGUGACCGAGACUUUUCAGAUAAACAUGGCGUUCAAGAUGUUGGCCGUUGCCGGCGUGGCUGUCUUUUUGGCGUUCGUUUCUGAACAAGCGGCCUCGCAAGGCGCCGGCGCUGGAGGGCUGAACCAGGUGUGCUUGGGCUGCAUUUGCGAAGCGGCGUCUGGUUGCAACACGACGAUAGGAUGCGUCGGCGACAUCUGCGGACCGUUCCACAUCACCUGGGGAUACUGGUCCGACAGUGGCAAACCGACCCUCAACGGACAACCCGCUUCAGAUAACAAUGCCUACGCCAACUGCGUGAACGACGCCUACUGCGCAGCUCGGGCUGUCCAAGGAUACAUGGAAAAAUAUUCCCAGGACUGCAACAACGAUGGAACGAUCAACUGCGAUGAUUACGCUCGCAUUCAUUACCUGGGCGGCUACGGAUGCGGGGGAGCUCUGGAGAAGAGAUACGAGAAUGCGUACUACAACUGCCGUAACAGUUUCGCCCAGUAAUUUCUUCUAAAGUAAAACUAGUCGUAAGCGCAGCGACGAUGAAAAAUUCAGUCACCUCGAGUUGUCUCGUCUUGUUAUAGUUACUAUUUAUUUUUUUUUAUAUUUAUUACAGACUGAAUAGUAAAUUAGACGGAAUUUGGUGACGAUACUUAAGCCUUAUACGCGCAGCAAAUGUUCACACACACACACACACUAUGAUAUUAAGCUUCUCCAUGUAGAAUAAAAAUUGUUAUAUGCGAUAUUUCGAACAAGCCAGA